UCUACAUCAACAAACGUUAUUUUUUUGUUAAAAACUAGUGCUAUUAAAUGCAAGAUUUAUCUUUCCGAUUCAAUUUAGGCAUAUACACGUAAUUAGCACAAGUUAAAAGUGUAAUUCAGAGUAAAUAAUAAGAUUAAAUCAUAAAAAUAUCGACAUGUCUAUUGGUACUGUUUACGAGAGAGCCUAUAAAGGCGAUUUUAAUCAAGUUAAAGUGAAAAUAGAUGAAAAUAAAUCGAUUGUACUGACACCGGACACGAAUAGCCGUUUCCUCAUUCACUGGGCAGCUUUAAGUGGCAAUGAAAAUUUGGUAGAUUACCUGAUUGAUGAACAUAGUCCGGUAGAUCCAGUAGAUGAUACUGGUAGCACUCCAUUGAUUUUAGCAGCAUCAGCUGGAAGGUUUGAAGUUGUAAGGUUGCUUAUUGGCAAAGGAGCUAAUGUUGAUCAUAAGACAAAUCGCAAGCAAACUGCUUUGCACUAUGCCUGUUCUAAAGGCCAUAAGGAGAUUGUUCAACUUUUGUUGAGUUGUGAUGCUUCUGUCAAUGAGGCUGAUGUUCUUGGUGCCACACCAUUACAUAGAGCUGCAGCUCAAGGUCGAACUGACAUUGUAGAUAUUUUGCUUAAGUCUAGUUCUAUUCAAGUUGAUCUAUGUGACAGCACUGGAUGCUCGCCAUUACAUUUAGCUUGUGAAGAAGACAGGGAAGCUACAGCUGUGCUGUUAGUAAAAUCUGGGGCAGACAUUAAUUUGCAGAAUAAAGAAAAACAGACACCAAUUGAUAUUUGUUCCAGUAAAUUGAAGAGUAUUUUAAAGUGAUUAUGUGAAUAAUUUAGAAUUAAAAAUAAAUGUUUUGGUGCAAGA